UGCCUGGAGCGCUGGACAUCGUUUGAGGCCAGCGACCCAACGGACUGGACCACGUCUUUGUUAACCAGAGGCCGUAACAGGCAACCGUUGGUUCUUGGGGACAACAGCUUUGCAGAUCUUAUUAAGAACUGGAUGGAUCUUCCAGAGUGCCCAGAUUCUGCGGAACUCAAGCCGAACGCCAGCCGCAAAAUAGCCAAGGACUUUCUGGUCAACAUGCGGCGGAAAUUAGCGGGCAUGUCAAAGGGAGUUGAGGAGAGAAAGGCUUGCACUAAACGCAUGUCUUGUCCUGUGGGAUUUCAAGCCCCCAAACCGUUCUUUCACCAGUCUCACACAAGUUUGCACCAAUUGGGACCAGACUUUUAUCAGUUCAGCGCUGUCAUGAAGACGGGGAGUCGACAGCCUAUCAUAUGCAAUGACAUCAUUGGAUACAUCUGAUGUUUAUGAAAACGGACUGGAGUUUACUUCUGAAAAUGUCUAAUAUUGUUCCAUGUAUUAAUAAAUAUUGUAAUAAAUGCUUUUUAUAUAAAA